AGGGAGAGGGAGAUGGAGAGAGAGGACUGCCGUUGAGAUUGGACUCUGUCGCGUCUUCAUUAUUAGUCUAAAAUGCUUUAGUACCUUAUUAGCGUAGUCUGCCAUUCAUCUGUGCUGUCAGUCAAAGAUCAGUCACGCGGGAUAGGCUACGUUAAGUUCAGGUCUAAAAAGCGAGCGGCUCAAUUGAAAGCUCAAGAUGCCCGAGCAGAGCAACGACUACCGUGUGGUGGUGUUUGGAGCAGGGGGUGUGGGGAAGAGCUCACUGGUGCUCCGUUUUGUCAAAGGCACUUUCCGGGACACCUACAUCCCGACGGUGGAGGACACGUAUCGGCAGGUGAUCAGCUGUGACAAAAGCGUCUGCACCCUGCAGAUCACAGACACAACUGGCAGCCACCAGUUCCCUGCCAUGCAGCGUCUGUCCAUCUCCAAGGGUCACGCCUUCAUCCUGGUCUACUCCAUCACUAGUAAGCAGUCCCUGGAAGAAUUAAAGCCCAUAUACCAGCAGGUUCUCGCUAUCAAAGGCAACGUAGAGACCAUCCCAAUCAUGCUCGUGGGGAACAAGAGUGACGAGACUCAACGGGAAGUCAAGACCGAGGAUGGAGAGGCCCAGUCCAAGACCUGGAAGUGUGCUUUCAUGGAGACCUCGGCUAAGACUAACCACAAUGUCACUGAGCUGUUCCAGGAGCUUCUCAACUUGGAGAAGAAGAGGAACAUGAGUUUGAACAUCGAUGGCAAGCGUUCUGGGAAGCAAAGCAGGGCUGACAAGCUGAAAGGGAAAUGCAGCAUCAUGUAGACCGCUUGUUAGAGGCAGAACCG